UUCCUCCCCCUUUACAUAUGAAUGACGCCAGUGCUGGAGAAAGGAGCGCUGAGAACAGAGCCGGAGACAGGAGCUUUGGAAGGGAAUAAGCAGGGAACAGUGGCCAAGAGCAAAUCUAAAUACAUCCUGGUGAGGAUGAAAAGUGCGGCCGAGACAGGCUACUGUUUCAACGUCAGGAGACUCCGGCUGCAGGAGAAACUGGUCCUGUACAAGUACGAUCCCAUUGCAAAACAACGUGUCCUCUUCACAGAGAAGAGAAAAAUCCGCUCUCUCUGAACAAUGACCGGAGUUGAUUUAUGUGAGAAGAGAGAUGGUCUGGGGGGAGGAUGGGGUGAAUACUGAUUCAGAAAUCCAGCAACAUGGGCUGAAAAGAGAGGAAAUGAACUGGGAUCACCGUCUCCUGUGAUUUGAAGGCCAUUGUGAAUAAAACAAUGUAGAGAGAGAAAAUUCUUAAUGUCUGGACAUAGAUCAUCAGAGUAACAUUUAUUUAUCUUUUGAGUUAUUUUUACAGUACUCAAUUAAAAAAAAAUUAAAUAGCAAA